GUAUUUCUCGUACAGUCUCUUGCAAGGUGUGGUUCUUGACGCUAUAUAGAGACGGAAGUAUGCCGCCGCGGGAUCAACAAGUGUCGUGCGAGAUCCACGUCCGGCGAACGAUCGAGUCAGUGUCGCGUCUCUCCUCCUGAGCGAGUCUCUCGCUUCCUCGAGGUCGGCAAGAGAAAGAGAGCAGCCGCGCGAUUAAAACGCGAGUUUGCGCGUCUCUUCCCGAGUGUGCAAUUUAUCGAACUCUCGAUCGCGGCGGAGACCAGCACCAGGACGACGCGAUUCGCGAGUGUCGAACCGGACCCGUCCGACGUUGGAGAACGGACGAUCGACUCGGUUCAGGUGAUCCCGGUUCUGGUGUCCCAUCAUUCGUGAAGAUCGAAUUAGUGCACGCGUGACAGCCGGUACUCGCACGCACACGUGACCCCGACGCGAGUUUGUUUGGCGCGCGUGUUACACGCUGUGGUGAACGUCAAGGAUCUACGACUGCAGAUAUGAGAAUCAAAAUGACCAGGAUGUUGCUGUUCCUGACCAUCGGUUUGCUCGCUAAGGUAUCGGGAUUACCCAACGGAGCACCGAGGGAGGCAUGCUGGGAUCUGAUACCACGUCAUUCCGGCAACUCCUUCCAAUCGUCGUAUCCGCCUUAUCAGGUGCUACCCGCAGCCGGACGAGGCAGGGUCCGGCUGAUCCUCGGAAGUCCCCAAGGUCUCGCCUAUGAGGGCUUCAUGAUCCUCGCCAGGGACGUCAGCACCGGCGAGUUGGUCGGAGAAUUCACCAAUCUGCCCGAUUCCGCGAGAAUCGUCGAAUGCACCCAAGGCGUAAAGAAUGGUGUGACUCAUACGAACACGGCGAAGAAGCAGAAUCUUGAAUUCGAUUGGGAAGCUCCGGUCGAUUACGAGGGUAUUAUUAUCUUCAACUCCACCUUCGCUCAGGAUUACAGCACAUAUUGGGUCGGCGUGGAAUCGCCCAGAGUCACCGUCAACAAGCGGUCCAUCGACGUAUUGACCUCACCUACACCCGUCACUACCUUCAGGACCACCACGCCGCCCUACUACGGCCGCACCGUCAAUUAUGUGACGCAGAAUGAGGAGGACCCGUUCUACAAGGGCUGCCACGUGACGAAGAACUGCUUCGGCGCGCCCGCGGGCUGUAUAAAAACGAAGGACUGCGCCGCCGUGGCGGCCGUGAUCGUUCAGGGCGACGAAUAUCAUUUCGAGAUGCAGGCGCGAGGAGAGGCCAAAUAUGUCGCUGUCGGUCUGUCGGACGACAAGAAUAUGGGCGACGACAGCGUAGUCGAGUGCACGAACAGGGAUGGUGAAAUUGCGUUACAUACAUCUUGGAAUUCCGGACAACGUAACACGCGCCAUGCGACGCCGGAAGGUGCGAUUGAAUUGGAAAGUGCCUCGCUCAAGAAUGACGUGAUCUACUGCAAAUUUCGACGGGACAAGCUCACUGUUAUUCAAGGACGCACCUAUGACCUUGUCAAUACUCCGUACCAUCUCCUCGUGGUCGCCGGCAGCAAUUUCCGAGAAAAUAGUGUUGACGAUAUUAGCUUUCACAACAUCGUCUAUCUUGGGACUAGCACCGCGAAGAAACUGUCCGACGUCGGAGAAUGGAUUCCAGCCAGCGACCUACUAAUUCGCCUUCAUGGUGCGCUUAUGUUGGCGUCGUGGAUCGGCACAGCCUCCAUCGGGAUGCUACUCGCGAGAUAUUACAGACAGACAUGGGUUAACUCGCAAUUGUGUGGAAAGGAUCACUGGUUCGCCUGGCACAGGUUCUUCAUGGUCCUCACUUGGUCGAUGACGAUCGCUGCCUUCGUGAUAAUAUUUGUGGAAUUGGGCACAUGGAGUUCCGCGACGAUACACGCUUCCCUCGGUCUGGCUACCACAAUUUUGUGCUUCAUCCAGCCCUUCAUGGCAGCUAUGAGACCACAUCCUGGCGCACCCCGAAGAGCUCUCUUUAAUUGGGCUCACUGGUUCGUCGGUAAUGUGGCAAAAAUAUGCGCCCUAAUCGCGAUUUUCUUCGCGGUGCGACUGAACAAGGCCAAACUUCCGGAAUGGGUCGACUAUAUUCUUACCGCAUAUGUGGUUUUCUACGUUCUGACUCACCUCAUUCUAACAUUCCUUGGAUGCAUCUCUGACAGACAAGCCAGUCAGAGAGUGAAUUCAUUUCCUAUGAAAGACAUGCAUUCUCGCGGAUCAAUGGUGCAUCCAGAUGCGAGGCGAGACGCUCCCCACUCCGGCAUACGCAAGUUCAUUUUCGGUGUGUACUUUGUGGUUAUCAUCCUGUUCGCCGCGGCCCUCAUAGUGAUCACCGUGUUGGCACCUAUCGAGGAUGCGUGGGCAACCUUCACCAACGCUAUCUCGGGCUAGUGAGGCCGCUAAUUAACGCCGUGGAAAUAUUCGUCACUCCCGCGCGUCGAAAUAUGCCGACCAGAUGGACUCUCUCGGAGAUCAUCCUGACUCUUGCAGCGCGACGAUAUAAUAUCCCGACUUUCUGUAUGCAAAUUAUGCAUGCGAAGAAUGUGCAAAUCCUAUAUAUUCGUGUAAAGAUGCAAAUCGUGUCGCGUUGCAGACGUAUAUGCGCGAGAACGAAGAGAUUGUUACUGCAUACUGACGAGUAUUCUUUACCUUUUUUUUAGAUUUCUACGAAGUUUCUAUCUUCCCCAUUUCUAUUUCGAUUAUAUAACGUAAUUAAAAAUCGAGAUUUCUCUGUAUAUAACGUUCUUGAUUGGAAGACACAUCAGGAUUAAAUUUAUUUUAUAUACUUUGUUAUUAUCAACUAACGUUUUACGACACACGGAGUAUCCUAUUGUCUAUAUCUGGUGAAUUUUUUAUUUUCAAUAAGGAACUGCCAUUAGCCGAAUUUAUA